GGGAUCGCUAGGCUUCGGUUCCCGACUCCAGAGACGAGGAGGAAAAGAUCCCCGUCCCUCUCUCGUCUUCCGUCCUCGAGCUAGGAUGAGUGAGUGAAGAGGGAGGAGAGGAGGCCUUCGACGAGCACACUACGGGCCCCCGCCGCCGGCUCCGGAGCCGGAGAGCUCCGACGAGGAUUUGGAUCCAUGUCACUAGGACGGUUGGUAGGACACACUUUGCGGAAAUCUCCGAAAUGCUAUUGUAUCAUCUUCACGUUGGUUGACUGCUUUGGAACUAGACCUUAGGAGAGAGAAGGAAAAGUCUUUUGAAGAUGUCUGAUGGUACUGGGACUACAAAAGACGAUUCUCCUAGCAGCGGGAAUGAUCUGUCUGCAAAUGGUUUGACCUGGAAGGACACUCUAAUAAGCCUCCGGCAGCAAGCAUCAGUAUAUGGUGUAGCUGCUGGUUAUUGCAUAUCUGCAUCACUACUGUCCAUAAUCAACAAGUGGGCAGUCAUGAAGUUUCCAUACCCUGGUGCAUUAACAGCACUACAAUACUUUACUAGUGCAUUCGGUGUUCUUCUUUGUGGGUGGUUAAAACUUGUGGAUCAUGACCGUCUGGAACUCGUUACCAUGUGGAGGUUCUUGCCAGCUGCGAUCAUCUUUUACCUGUCCCUUUUUACAAAUAGCGAGCUCCUCCUACAUGCCAAUGUGGACACUUUUAUCGUGUUCCGUUCUGCUGUCCCCAUUUUUGUAGCUGUUGGAGAGACUGUGUUCCUUAACCAGCCAUGGCCUUCCCCAAAGACAUGGAUUUCUCUAGCAACUAUCUUCGGAGGCAGUGUUCUCUAUGUUCUCACAGACUACCAGUUCACAGUUACUGCCUACGCUUGGGCUGUGGCUUAUCUUGUGAGCAUGUCCAUCGACUUUGUGUACAUCAAGCAUGUCGUCAUGACCAUAGGGCUCAACACAUGGGGCCUGGUGCUAUACAACAAUUUGGAGGCAUUGAUGCUCUUUCCCUUGGAGCUACUGAUAAUGGGAGAACUGAAGAAGAUGAAGCACGAUAUAUCUGACGAAUCCAACUGGUACUCUUUCAGUGUGGUUUUGCCUGUGGCUCUGUCAUGCUUGUUUGGCUUGGCAAUCUCCUUCUUUGGAUUUUCUUGCAGAAGGGCAAUCUCUGCGACAGGUUUCACUGUGCUUGGCAUCGUGAACAAGCUCCUAACUGUUGUGAUUAAUUUGGUCGUAUGGGAUAAGCAUUCUACCUUGAUUGGUACGAUAGGUCUGCUAAUAUGCAUGUUUGGAGGUGUCAUGUACCAGCAGUCUACUACCAAGCCCAAGAAAGCAGAAACUGCAACCAAGGCUCAAAGCAGAGAUGAGGAGCAGCAGCAUUUGCUGGAGAUGCAAGCUAGUGCAGUAUCUGACUCAACGACACAGCAUGUUGGCUCAGUAGAUCCGAAAUAAGCUUUUCUUCACUGUUCAGUGGAAAAUAUUCAGAAACCAUCUGUAUUCAGGUAUAAAAUAUAGUUUCAUGAGAUACUGCUAGAAGAUAUAAUAUAUCAAUUCGUGCAGCAUAUUUGUAUUUUUGUGAUGAGAGAGCUUCAAUCAAAGCUCAUUGGAUGAAGAUUUGUAUUUCUGUGGAAAACAACAAUGAUAGCAAGAUAUUGAAGUCUUAUUGGUUCCACUCAAA